AUGACAUACAUUCUCGGAUUGAACAGUGGAUCGUCCUUCGAUGGUGUCGAUGCUGUGCUCUGCAAGAUUGAGUUGGCAGAGGAUGGCCACCCUGCGCGUCCCAGCUAUGUAGACGGCUUGACCGUCGAUUGGCCAGAAGAGUUGCAGCCUCUCAUCCUGCGCGCCUUCGAUAACGACCUUACUAUCUUCGAAAUGACAAGGCUCAACUAUGCUGCUGGUGCAUUAUACGCAGAAGCCGCAAAUGCCCUUCUUCAAAAGGCGGGACUCAAGCCACAAGAUAUAGACGUUAUUGGCUACGAUGGCCAAACUAUAUAUCAAGAGCCACCCGACCGAGUCAAAGAGCGUAAUUAUAUCCAGAGUGGCAGCAAGAGUCUAGUCGACCGGUGGCUGAAGGGAGGGUUUCCCUGUGGCUUUUUCAUUGCGGAAUCAGGAGUUGUGGCUGCCCUGACUGAUGUGGAUACUGUCACCCAAUUUCGACCUCUGGACCACGCUCUAGGGGGGUCUGCAGCACCUUUGAUGCAGUAUCUGGACUUCGUGUCAUUCCGCAACGAUGGACCAACAGUGACAUUGAAUAUUGGUGGUAUUGCCAACCUCCAGCUUGCUGAUAAGGAUCGGAGCAAGAUGAUGGCGUUCGAUACUGGCCCGGGCAAUGUAAUGAUUGACCACGUUGUCAAGGCUCGGACAGGAAAGGGUUAUGACAAGGACGGUGAACUAGCUGCCAAGGGUCAAAUCAUUUCAUCCUUAUUCGAAGAACUGAAGACUCAUGAUUUCUUCAAGCGAACCCCCCCGAGAUCGGCUUGGCGGCUUGAUUUUGGUGCUACGUACGCCGAAAAUAUCCUCAAAGUGUACGCUUCAUCUUCAACAGAAGACCUACUCGCUACUCUGACACAAUUUACUGCAUAUGCUAUCACUAGCAGCCUCGUCGACUUCAUCCUCCCUCGCACGCAUGUGGUCCGUGUGAUCGCAUCUGGUGGUGGCACAAGAAACGCGACCCUCAUGAAAAAUCUUGGUGCAGAGUUAGCGAAACAUCAACUACAGCUUUCUGUCAGCGAUGAGUUCGGAAUCCCUGCUGCUUACAAAGAGGCCAUCAAGUUUGCGACCUUGGCCUUCGCAACCAAGAGAGGACUAGCAAACAAUAUUCCGGCAGCUGGUGGCGCCGUAAAAUACGCCGUGUUGGGAAAGCUGACGCUAGCUCCAUGGAGAGCCAAGAAUGCGGAGGAAGUUGUUGACCGUAAUAAGAGGGUGCUUGGAAUAUAA